CUAUAGCUUUAUUAAUAUAUUGGGACAAUUACUUUCUUCUUAUUGUAAUAAACAGUCAAAAAUAAAUGGGAAAUAACCUGGUGUGCGCCUGUGUGACAGCUUGUGCUCUGUACCGCCCCUGGCGGGGUGCUACCAGCGAUGAAGAUAAUGUAGGGGAGUGAGCUGCCACCGCGGCUGUGGUCACCAUUCCAGCGCGGAUCACUUCCUUAAAAAAAGAGCACAAUACCGCUCUGCACGUACAGAGCGGUUGGGAGCCAUGGCGGAGAGCGGCGUUAGCGGGGGAGCGGGCGGGCUCCAGCAGGGAUCCCCGGCCAUGUGUUUCGGAGCGGGUAGCAGCGGUGGCUCGGACUCAGCGACGCCCGUGUCGGUCUCCCUGCCUGCGCCCGCGUCCGUGUCGCUGCUCGGCUGCGCCGCGGUGGCGGAGAGCGGCCGCUCCGUUGGUUCGGGCAGCCAACAGCAGCGGGAGAGGAUCGCGCUGAGGAAGGCGCAGCUCCGCAGCUAUCCCCGGACAAAGAAACUGGAGAAACUCGGCGUCUACUCCGCUUGCAAGGCUGAAGAAUCCUGCAAGUGCAAUGGCUGGAAGAAUCCUAACCCUCCUCCAACUCCUCCAAGAGCCAACUUCCAGCAGGCAGCUGUCAGCCUUGCAGAACAAUGCCGAAGCUGUGGCCAUAUGCUAGCUGAUCAUGUUUCCCACUUGGAAAGUGUGUCAGAGGAAGAAAUGAACAGGCUUCUUGGAAUAGUACUGGACGUAGAAUACCUAUUUACCUGUGUCCACAAAGAGGAAGAUGCAGACACAAAGCAAGUUUACUUUUACUUGUUCAAACUUUUGAGAAAAUGUAUUUUACAAAUGGGAAACCCUGUUGUGGAAGGCCCAUUAGGAUGUCCGCCGUUUGAGAAGCCCAGUAUAGAACAGGGAGUUACUAAUUUUGUGCAGUACAAAUUUAGCCACCUUCCGCCAAAGGAAAGGCAAACAAUUUGUGAACUGUCUAAAAUGUUUUUGAAUCGAAUCAACUACUGGCAGCUGGAAACACCCUCGCAAAGGAGACUUCGGGUACCAAAUGAUGAUUGUGCUGGAUACAAGGUUAAUUAUACAAGAUGGCUGUGUUACUGUAAUGUCCCUCAGUUCUGUGAUAGUCUUCCUCGGCAUGAAACCACGCAGGUUUUUGGAAGAAUAUUGCUUCGCUCUGUUUUUACUGUAAUGAGGCGGCAGUUAUUGGAAAAAUCCAGGCAAGAGAAAGAUAAGCUACCUUUAGAGAAACAAACAUUGAUCCUAACACAUUUUCCAAAAUUCCUUUCCAUGUUGGAGGAAGAAGUAUAUAGCCACAACUCUCCCAUAUGGGAUUUAGACUUCACUGCGUCAUCCGGUAACAUCCAAAUAGGGAUGCAAGCAGCUCCCACCAAGCAAUUUGGGUAUGAAUCCAGCCCAAUUUCUGGCAGUACUGAUCAAACCAACUCUGGAAGCUUGAGUCCUAUCUGGAGGAAGAAAGUGACUUCUGGCUCUGAACAAAUAUUGGGAGAGAAAAGAAAACCGACAGAAUCUUUGAAUAUGGAUGAUGCUAAGAGACAAAGAGUCUUGGGAGAUAUCCCUAUGGAACUGGUGAAUGAAGUAAUGUCAACCAUCACAGAUCCUGCUACUAUGUUGGGUCCAGAGACGAGUUUACUAUCAGCACACGCUGCCAGAGAUGAGGCGGCAAGGCUUGAAGAAAGAAGGGGUGUAAUCGAAUUCCACGUUGUAGGAAACUCACUGACCCAAAAGCCAAACAAAAAAAUGAUGAUGUGGCUCGUUGGCCUACAGAAUGUUUUUUCCCAUCAGUUACCAAGGAUGCCCAAGGAAUACAUCACCCGCCUUGUCUUUGACCCCAAACACAAGACCCUUGCUUUGAUCAAGGAUGGUCGUGUCAUUGGCGGUAUCUGUUUCCGGAUGUUUGCAACACAAGAUUUCACAGAGAUUGUGUUUUGUGCGGUGACUUCUAAUGAACAAGUCAAGGGUUAUGGAACUCAUCUAAUGAAUCACCUCAAGGAAUAUCACAUAAAACAUAACAUUCUAAACUUCCUUACUUAUGCAGAUGAAUAUGCAAUCGGCUAUUUUAAAAAACAGGGAUUCUCAAAGGAUAUAAAAGUUCCAAAAGUGAAGUAUGUUGGUUACAUUAAAGACUAUGAAGGUGCCACUCUGAUGGGGUGUGAGCUAAAUCCACGGAUCCCAUACACUGAGUUCUCUGUGAUCAUAAAGAAACAGAAGGAGAUUAUAAAAAAAUUGAUAGAAAGAAAACAGGCACAGAUUCGCAAAGUGUAUCCAGGACUCUCCUGCUUCAAAGAGGGAGUGCGACAAAUCCCCAUUGAAAGUAUACCUGGAAUAAGUAAGCAAACUAGCACAGAGGAAUCUGGUUGGAAACCUAGCGGAAAAGAAAGAGGAAAAGACUCAAGAGACCCUGAACAGCUUUACAAUACCUUAAAGAACAUUUUGCAGCAAGUAAAGAGUCACCAAAGUGCUUGGCCAUUCAUGGAACCAGUUAAGAAAACUGAUGCCCCUGGUUAUUAUGAAGUCAUCCGCUUUCCAAUGGAUCUGAAAACAAUGAGUGAACGUGUCAAGAACCGUUAUUAUGUGACAAAAAAAUUAUUUAUGGCAGAUAUGCAGCGCAUCUUCACAAACUGUCGGGAAUACAAUCCUCCAGAAAGUGAGUACUUCAAGUGUGCCAAUAUCUUGGAAAAAAAUUUUUACACUAAAAUAAAAGAAGCUGGACUAAUUGACAAAUGAUUUCAAGUAUUUGGUGACCUGAUAAGCCUGCUCGUUUAAUGUACUAUAUAAUAAUGUACUGUAUACAGUGGGCCUAUUACAGUGCUUACCAGUAACUCUAAACAUCAGCUGUUUGGGAAAUUCUUAAUCCAGUCAGUUACAAUUCAAAGCACAUUGGAUCUGUUGUAUGCCAAGAGCUCUCCUGAGGAGAUGUUUUCAUGUUACUGUGUUGAGGCCUGGAAAAUGCCUGCUGAGUAUACAGUGUUUGUAGCAGAGGUAUGUGAACACGUGCUAAUACAUUGAGAGAUGAUUUGAUUGCCGAAACUUAAUGUAUUCCUUUAGUGAAACAACUGUUCGGUGCGGGUAGUGUGUUUCCAUGCUGGGUUAGAAGGCUGGUGGUAGUGCACUCAUAAACUUGAACACAUAUCAAUGGAGUGUUUCUACUGUCUCGUUUAUUAGCACUCAAAAUUUACACUUGUCAAUUAUAUUUGCAUUUCUUGCCAUUGUGGAGAGGCAAAGAAACAACAAAAGCAAUUUUAAUUCACUAAGGCAUUAUUUUACCUAACUGGUCUGCAAGUAUUCUUGAAGCUUGUGAUUACUACUCUAACUCAUAGAAGUGACUAAUGAGCAAAAUCAUUAAGUCCUCUUUGGGGGUAGGAGCUCUUCCCAUUGAACUUCUUAAACACUGUAGCUAUUAGCCAAGAUCCUGACAAAAAGGAUCUGGUUUGACAGAUUGCUAAGAGCUGUUGGUACUCUGUGCUGUGGGGUGGAAUUUUGCACUCUGUUUCACAUGCUGAAUUGUGUGAUAUUUGCCUUCAAGAUUUGAUAACAUCGAAGGUAAUAAUGGAACUGAAUUGCAGUUUGGAGCUUCUGUAUGCAAAUACAGUAAUAUUACAUGUUCAGCAUUGCAACUGGGGACAGAUUUCUAACCCAAAGGCUUCAGCUAUUUAAACACCAAAUAAGCUUGCAGGCUUCUAACCCUUGGCAAUAUAUUAGACAUGCUCUUUAAGGGAAAGGUAUCUUCUCUAAAUUGCAAAGCACAAAUUUCUGAAUUUCUGAAUAUUUUGGUUUGAAGGAGAGUGUGGAUAAAGGUAUCUUUCAGUAUCAAUAACAGGCUGACAAUAAAAACAAAACAAUGCAGUAAGAUGAAAUAUAAUAUCCUCAACUGAGAUAACAUAAUAGAGAAAGUUUUCUAUUCAGAGACAAAUUAUAUGUUUUAAUUUGCAGAUAGUACAUUUUAAAUGGUUAAAGUAUUUUAAAUUUAUAUGGGAGGAGAACAUUUCCAAACUAUGAAAUUCUCUAGUUCUAAAAGCUGAGGAAAAUCAUUGUGUAUUGCUUGUAACAGUCUGAUUUAUACAGACUUCUUACAGUAGAAAGAUAAAUUUAUUUUUGGAAUUUUCUGUGCAGAUAUCACAAAUUUUUGUCUUUCAGUCUGCAAGAUGGUGUUACUUAGCCACAUGUUUGUACCCAAGUCUAAACAGAUAACAAUAUUUAACCCCCCUAUUCUCCUUAACUUGCCUUUUCUGCCAUUGUGGUAACAAUGUUACAUUCCAUCCUUGAUAGAAAACCAUUUGGGGUAGUGUACACAUAUCAUGAUGGAUAUUUUUAUCCAUUUCCUUUUAGUUCUUAUGCAAAUAUAUAGAGAUGAAAAAAUUGUUUCUCUAAAUGUAGGGAAGAAUCUGCAAUUGAAAUUAUAAGAAGUUAGAUCCAAGGAGUUUGGAGAAAUUCAAUGAUUUUGAGCCCCAGUGGGAGUAUUUGGUCGUCAUCCAGAAAUGCUGGAGAUUGACUUGCUGAUCUGAUUGUCGAAGUCUAUCUCCAAGCCCGUGACUAAGUGGCAAUGCAGUGAUCCAAAUCAGGAAUCAGCGUCCUGUUUGCCAUUUUAGGAUAGUACUGCACAAAAUAUGCACCUCACAGAUUGUACUCUGUUUAGUAUUGCUGUAUCUGGUAGGCUAACGGGAGAAGAGCUUAGAAGAGGCAUUUACUACUUUGGUACAGUGGGCGCUGACACAGUGGUGAACAGAAUACUCUCCUGACCUUCAUAAAACUGGCCUUUCUGCUCUUUCCCAGCUCCAAGACCAAACAUGUCCCAUUUAUCACAGAAACUUGCAGUUAGUUUGGAUGAGUUUGAUAGUUUUCCACUGAAAGCCCAAUGGCUGUGUAAUGCAGACGGCAGUCAAAAUGGUCCAUGCCUCCCUUGCCAGCCCUGUUGGGCAGAUGAAAUCCACUAGUUUUAUUUCAGUUAACAGACAGAUAGAUUUGUUCAAACAUCCACCACCACCCCUCUUCCAAUAAAUAUUUGGUUGCAAAAUAAGUAUGUUUUAUAUAAUUAAUUAGUGGAGAUACUUUAACUUGUAUUGCUCCAAAGAGUUGCUAACCUUUUGAGCUCCUAAAUAAGUCAUUUGUUAUUACUGUUCAAAUGAGUCACAUCAAAGAUAGAGACUUCACUUAAUAAUUUGGGAUAACGUUAUAUUGUUUGUUAAGGAUAGUGAUUUUUUUAAGAUCAUACAUUUUUUUUUCAUCUGAAUUGGAGAAUUACUCAAACAAAUAUUGAAAGUUUUGCAACCUCAAGCAUGUAGUUACCUUAAUGGCAACAGUAGACAUUCCUCACAAACAGGUAUUUUAGAAUUGUCCUAAUAUAGCAGCUCUGUGAUUUGUAAGAGGGAUAGGAAAUAAUUCAUUCAAUAUCCGUCUUUUAAAACAUUAUGAUAAUUGCUUGGCAAUUCCAUGAAAACAAAACAAAUUACUAAAUUAGUUGAAUUCAAGAGAAUUCCUAGUACAGUUAACCUUACAUCACAUUUUAGCUUACCAAUAUUUUAAUUAGUUAACAGUAUUUAUAUAAAUAUCUUCUAUCACUGUCAAAAAAAGACCAAAAUUAGAGAAUUUAAAUUGUGUUUGAUGUUCUGAGUCAUCCAGGCAUAAAACAAAUUUGUGAGGGCCACAUAUAGUCAUAGAAAAGUACAGCACAGAAAUAGGCCCUUCGAUCCAUCUAGUCCAUGAUGAACCAUUUUGCUAUUCCCAUGGACCUGCAGCUGGACCGUCACCCUCCACACCCUGGCAUCCAUGUACCUAUCCAAACUUAAACGUAGAAAUCAAGCUUAUAUCCACCAUAACCAGGACCAUAACUUACAGCACCAUGAGUGCUGGUAACUCAUUCCACACUCUUAUGACCCUUUGAUUGAAGUAUCCCCUCAUGUUAUAUGCUUCAGUGAUGUAUAUGUUUUCAAUCAAAGAGUUUUCCUAUUACCAAAACACCAAAAACAAAUAAAUAGGAGCAUCAAAUUAUACAUGUGUGUGUAUACAUAAGUAUUUUGUAUUUAUUUAUUUUUGGUGUUUUGGUAAUGUGAAAACACCUUGAUGUUUUGAUUGAAAAUGUACAUAUCAUUGAAACAAUACUACCAAGUAGCCCAUUCUAAAUCUCCUCAAAAUCCGGAUGAGUGCAAAGAAAAAUAAUUAUGGAAAAGUGCGUUAACAUACAGAAAUACUAGAAUAUUUACAUUUGGUCUAAUUGACUUGCUUGAACUUAAAGGCAAGUUGAUGAGUUGGUGGUGCAGGUAUUAUGGAGGUUGGUUAUCUUCUCUACAUGUUAAUUAGGCUUAAUUUCUAAAGUAUUCAAUAGUCAUGGUAUUUUGCCUGAUACAUGCAUUGGACAAGCUAAACUCAAAAUGUUAGCACAAUUAAAAUAUAGAGCUAGAAAAGACCAAAAUCAAUAUUCUUUUAUAAACUUAUUGGUAGCCCAUCAUUGCUGAAACAGUAAUAAAACAGUAAGACCAUGGAUAAAAUCACCUAUUAUUUUGAAGAAUGUUUUAAGUUGCCCAUAAGAGCACUCAUGAACAAGCACACAGAAUGAUCAGUUCACCAUAAUACAUUUGAUUGAAGAUCUACAUAUCUGUCCAGAUGAUUUGGGAUAGGACUAGUUGUCUAAAAUGUUACAUUUUAAUUACAAGUUCUUCAGUGUGUAAUUAAAUAAAUAAAUAAAUAAAUAUAUUUGUCAGCAACCAUGUAUCUUCCGAAUUGAAAGCCAUGUACAUCUUUGAUUAGAUUGGUUCAUUGUAAAGUUAAGGGUAAUGCAAUAAUAUUAAGAGCCCUCAAAUUUCACUGAAACCUACUUUCGGUAAAACUAAAAUACUGCUCUAAAUACUGAUGAACUGUACUUAAAAUGCUCUUUUACAUGUCAGAUUAAUUCAAUUUUGAACCAUUAUAGAUCACAUUUUUCUCAUUUCAGAGUUUCAAAUUUAAUUUGGAAAAUGAACUAUCAAAUAUAGCCUUUUGCUAUAUGUUGAGUUCCCAUUCAUUACAGAAAAGAUGUAUCUUGUUUCUUCACAUUGUGUCUUUUUAAUUCCAAACUAUUUAGUUUGUCAGUUGGAGCUGAAGAACAAAUGUGAUUUGUUUCUGUGUGGUUAAAUGAAGAAUCUAAUUUUCUCUCUUUGUGUAUUCCCAUGAAUAUGGAAUUAGUGAUCAUCAGACCUUAAAAAGACAAAUCUCAACCAAUGAUUAUGUUUGUGGUAUACUUACAAGUGUUAAAGUGUAUUUGCUAAAAGUAACCUUAUCUUCUUUCAUACAUUGUUGAUAGAAUUUCUAAAAGCACUUUGUUACUAAAAUGGUUGUGGCAUCCCAUUGUUAAAUAUUUAAGAGGGUGAAUAUUCCAAAAAUAUUGUUUGAGAAGGUGUUAAAAUAAUCAAGUAUAUUGUUACUUGCUAAAUCCACCUAUUGGACCUGUGGAUUGCAGUCAUGUGCAUUUUCUCACAAUUGGGGUUAAUACAAUAUUUUAAUAUGAUUUAAUUAGGACAAUAUUCCAAAGCAAACUAAGAUUUAAGAUGCCAUGAUUUAAGCUUGAGCCUUCAGUCCUCCUUGAUAAGUUGAAUGACAUUCUUAAUUGUUAGGACAUACUGAACGUUAUUUAGAUAAGUGAACAUCAAGUUUUUUUUUAUUUAAAAUGGUCUAGUGUUUUUCUAUUUAAAAGAAAUGUUUCUCCAAUAAUAUAAAAUUAGAAUGUAAACAAAAGUAUGACUAACUUAUUAAGAAUUUUUCUAAAUUUAUCUUGUUUUUUUUCAUUUUUAGAGGAAAGGAGUAGAUUUUGUGCAAUACUUUAAACUUCACUUUUGAGGUUUUGUAAAUUUUUGUAUUUACUACUUAUAUAGUAC